UAGGAGCAUUGCAGUGUGCAGCACACAUCAGCUACACAUCUCUGACUGCAGCUUAGUGUUUGCCACCCACAAAACUUCCUGGCUCCUGUACCAUCUGCUGCCCACACAAGCUGCUGAACUGUCGAAGCUCCACAACUGUGCGAUGAUCUAUGGACACUGGCUUUUAUCGAUUUCCCCAAGCUGCUGAAACUUUAGAAAACUUGCCCAGUAAGAGGCUCCUGCUUGGGCACAGCGCUUGGCUUUUGCCAUCUGUUGAAGAUGAUGACAGGGCAGACCUGGAACAUCACCCUCACCCAGGGUAAUCAGAGUCUGGUCCUGCCAGAAAACUCUCCUCCCCAGGGUAGGGAGAUGGCAUUCUUCAUCAUCCGUUGUGUCAUCCCAUCUGUGUAUUUAAUCAUCAUUAUGGUGGGACUUUUGGGCAACAUCACCCUUGUAAAGAUCUUCAUUACCAACAGUGCGAUGAGAAGUGUGCCCAAUAUAUUCAUCUCCAGCCUGGCAGCCGGGGACCUGUUGCUGCUGGUGACCUGUGUACCGGUGGAUGCCUUCCGAUUCUUUUUCGAGGAGUGGAUGCUCGGGGAAGUGUGUUGUAAGCUCAUCCCUUCCAUCCAACUGACUUCUGUAGGAGUAUCUGUCUUCACACUCACCGCUCUCAGUGCCGACAGAUACAAGGCUAUUGUAAAUCCAAUGGAUAUCCAAACAUCGAGUGCUGUUCUGUGGACAUGUUUAAAAGCUGCAGCCAUCUGGAUUAUUUCAAUGCUUUUGGCAGUCCCUGAAGCCGUGUUUUCUGAAGUGGCACACAUCAAUGGGUCAGACAAUGUCAGCUUUACAGCUUGUAUCCCAUACCCACAAAAUGAUGAGAUGCAUCCCAAGAUCCAUGCAGUGCUAAUUUUUUUGGUUUACUAUCUUGUUCCACUUACUAUUAUCAGUAUUUACUACUAUCAUAUUGCAAGGACUUUAAUUAAGAGUGCUCACAACAUUCCUGGGGAAUACAGUGAGCAUUCUAAGAGGCAGAUGGAAACGAGAAAGCGUCUUGCAAAAAUUGUCCUUGUAUUUGUUGGCUGCUUUGCUCUCUGUUGGUUCCCAAACCAUGUGUUAUAUAUGUACCGUUCCUUUAAUUAUAAUGAAAUUGAUCCUUCUUUGGGACAUAUGAUUAUUACAUUGGUAGCACGUGUCUUGAGUUUUUCUAAUUCUUGUGUCAAUCCAUUUGCACUCUAUCUGCUGAGUGAAAGCUUUAGGAGACAUUUCAACAGUCAACUUUGUUGUCGGAGAAAGAGGCGUCAUGAGAGAUCAACUAGUUACCUACUUAAUUCAUCUGCUGUUCGCAUGACCUCUAUAAAAAGCAAUGUUAAGAAUACAGUAACUAGUACUACACUUCUCAAUGGUCAAAGUCGUCAGGAGGUAUCCUUGUGAUCAUUUUGUAAAAAAAGAAAAUCUUGACUUCAAUGAAUUGAAAGUUCAAACUGUUGCAGUGGAACUGGGGUUGUAAAAUGAAAAUGUGUGCAGCUUCUGUUUGUGAAGAAAUUAGAAUGGAUCUUCAAAAAAUUUCAAUAUGUCCAUACUUAUUUCAUGUAAAAUGCCCAUUUUUAAAGUAAUCUAUAAUAUUAAAAAAGCAAAAACAUGUUCCUUAGUUUUUAAAGACUGCUAUAUGUACUGUAUACAUUGCAUAAGACAAGUUGUAUAAAACUGUGUUCAUUAUGGUAAACUAUUAAUUUAAAAAAACAUGAAUCAAAUCCAUUGUAAAAUAUAAAUAAGUUCAAAUAUGUGUAGUGCUUAAUAAAUUUUAA